UAGAAAGAUGAUGAUGGAUGCAAGGUUUGUUGUUGCUUUCAUGGUGCUUUUGGCUCAUACAUCUUCUAUGGCUUUUGCAGCUGGCAACACUUCUGUGAGGUGCAAAGAGAGUGAGAGACUCACACUUGUUGCUUUCAAACAUGGCUUUGUAGAUCACGAAGGCAACCUCUCCUCUUGGGGUAAUGCUGAGAACCAGACUGAAUGCUGCGAUUGGGAAGGUGUUCACUGUGACCAAACCGGUCAUGUGCAUGAACUUGUUCUUUCUUCUUACAAUUUGGAAGAAAUUGGAACAUCUGGACCUCUCUCUCCUAAAUUUGAAUGGACAAAUUCCAUACCAACUGGGAGAUUUGUCCCACCUCCGACAAUUAUACCUAUAUGGCAACCAGCUCGAAGGUAGCGUACCCAAAUCCUUGGCUUUAUACAGUUUAGAGGAGUUGGUUCUAAGCCACAAUUUCUUGACUCAAAUGGAUGACUUUGUUGCAUCAUUUGGCCACUGUGCUAACAAAUCAUUGCGAUAUUUACAUUUAUCUAAUAACCGAUUUUGACAGCCACAACCAAAUUUUUCACAAAUCUCAUCACUGCAAGUGUAAGAUUUAUCUAAUAACCAAUUUCCAGGGCCACUACCAAAUUUUUCUCAGAUCUCGUCAAUACAAUAUGUGGAUGUGUCCCACAAUCGACUCAAUGGAACUCUGAAUGAUGACAUUGGACUUCUUUCAUACUUAGGAUACUUAGACAUUGGAUAUAAUUCUAUGGGAGGUGUUGUAUCUGAAACCCAUUUCUUGAGACUCUCUA